CCCCUCUCUCUCGCUCUCCCUCCCUCCUACAAUAUAUUUAUAUGCUCUCUAGUGCACACUUUGGGAAGCUCAGUUAAAAGGAACUUGUUAGCUAGCUUCUCUCCAUUCCCCACCACACCAGCACCAGCACCAGCACCAGCACUAUCCACCAAUACCAAACAUAUAGCAUCACUUCAUUUUAGCCAUGCCUCUCAACUGCGUAGCACCAAAACCCGAACAUGCCUGCAAUGGACGAGUGGAGUCAGAGACGUCUAAAUCCCAGAAAAAGGCUGCCCUUGCGUUCCCAAUACAACACAAUUCCCAGCCUCCACCCAGACUCACCUUGUUUCAUAUAACUUUGAAGUUUGAGGAGGUAGUGUACAAGGUGAAGUUGGAGGAGAAAGGAACAUGCUGGGGUUCAUGGAUCACCCGAGAAAAGACCGUACUCAAUGGUAUAACAGGAGUGGUUUGCCCUGGAGAAAUACUAGCAAUGUUAGGUCCAUCAGGAAGUGGUAAAACCACCCUCCUCACCGCUCUUGGGGGCCGUCUGACUGGCAAACUAUCAGGAAAGAUAACAUACAAUGGGCAACCUUUUUCUGGUGCCCUAAAACGAAGAACUGGAUUCGUGGCUCAGGAUGAUGUUUUAUACCCCCAUCUCACGGUGACGGAGACCCUUUUAUUCACAGCACUGCUGAGGCUACCCAACAGCUUGACCCGAGACGAGAAAGCCCAACAUGUGGAGAGAGUUAUCGCUGAGCUGGGACUGACCAGGUGUCGAAACAACAUGAUUGGGGGGCCGCUUUUCAGAGGAAUAUCGGGUGGGGAAAAGAAGAGGGUUAGCAUUGGCCAGGAAAUGUUAAUAAACCCGAGCUUACUUUUACUAGAUGAGCCCACCUCGGGUUUGGACUCAACCACAGCACAACGGAUCCUCACCACAAUCAAAGGCCUUGCUAGUGGAGGCCGAACUGUUGUCACCACCAUUCAUCAACCGUCUAGUCGACUGUAUCACAUGUUUGACAAGGUGGUUUUGCUCUCGGAGGGUUGCCCAAUCUACUACGGUUCAGCAGCUUCAGCCUUGGAUUAUUUUUCCUCCAUUGGCUUCUCCACAUCCAUCACUGUCAACCCAGCUGAUCUCUUGCUUGAUCUUGCAAACGGAAUCGGUCCUGAUUUCAUGAACUCAGUGGAGCAAGUUGAGAGUACGGAAGAAGAACAGAAAUCCGUAAAGGAUGCUCUUCUCUCUGCUUACGAAAAAAACAUUUCCACAAAGCUGAAAGCUGAGCUUUGCAAUUUGGAUGUCAAUAACUUCGUCAAUACAAAAGAAGCAUCAGCAAGAUAUGAGAAGUCAGAACAGUGGUGCACAAGCCGGUGGUAUCAGUUCAAGGUGCUGCUUCAAAGGGGGGUUAGAGAAAGGAGAUAUGAAGCCUUCAACAGGCUAAGAAUUUUCCAAGUGAUCAGUGUGGCAGUACUUGGUGGACUACUAUGGUGGCACACCCCAGCUUCUCACAUCUCCGACCGCAUUGCACUGCUGUUUUUCUUCUCGGUCUUCUGGGGAUUCUAUCCACUCUACAAUGCGGUAUUCACAUUCCCUCAAGAACGAACAAUGCUAAUCAAGGAACGCUCUUCCGGAAUGUAUCGCCUUUCAUCCUACUUCCUCGCCAGAACCUUCGGUGACCUUCCACUUGAGCUUGCCCUCCCCACAGCUUUCGUAUUCAUAAUCUAUUGGAUGGGUGGCCUAAAACCAGACCCUCUCACCUUCAUCCUCUCUCUGCUAAUCGUGCUUUACAGUGUCCUCGUCUCUCAAAGUCUGGGCCUAGCCAUUGGGGCCAUUCUCAUGGACAUCAAACAAGCCACCACCUUAGCUUCCGUCACCACACUUGUUUUCCUCAUAGCCGGGGGAUACUACGUUCAACAAAUCCCUUCCUUCAUAUUGUGGCUUAAAUACCUGAGCUACAGCUACUACUGUUACAAGCUUCUGCUAGGGGUUCAGUACAAUGAGGAUGAUGUUUACGAGUGUGGGACGGGAGGAUUGUGUAGGGUUGGGGAUUUACCUGCCAUCAAAUCUAUGGGAUUGAACCAUUUGUGGAUUGAUGUGGCCAUUAUGGCACUCAUGCUGCUAGGCUACCGACUCCUCGCUUACAUGGCUCUUCACCGAGUGCGGUUGAGGUAAAAAAAUAAUUUAUAUGUAGCAGCAAAGGUGAAUAAUUUUUAGAUUAAUUUUGAAGGAAAUUAUGUAUCAACUUUUUUGUUUGUCAUAGUUGUUAGAUAAUAUACUACUAACUCACAUGUUCUUGUCCUAA